AUGCGUGAGAAAAGUUGUCGAAUCGACCAAUGCCACAAGAACAAAGCUCUGAUCACAUUGAAUAUGUCUGAGCUCCCCGGAGAUUUGGUAGAAGAGAUACUCUGUCGCGUUCCAGCCAUAUCUCUAAAGCAAUUACGAUACACAUGCAAACGAUGGAACAAUUUAUUCAACGAGAGGAGAUUCACAAGAAAGCAUUUCGACAAAGCCGCAAAGCAGUUUCUAGUUCUCAUCUCGAAGCAUUAUAUGGUUUGUUUGAUGAGAGUCAAUCUUUAUGGAAUUCCAUCUAUAGAGUUCAAAGUUGAACUUAGUCUAAUUGAUCCUCAAGCUAGUUUAGAUCAUUUCGAUAUUUUUAAAGUCUCUCACUGCGACGGUUUAUUGUUAUGCAACAACGGAGAAUACAAUAGAAUAGUGGUUUGGAACCCGUGUACCGGUCAAACCAAGUGGAUCGAACCAAGAAAGAUAGGUUCUUAUGCUCUUGGAUCCUACCAAGACAAGACAUAUGGCGAUAAUAGCUACAAGAUCUUGUGUUGUUGUGAUGGCGACGACAACGAAUUCGAAAUCUAUGAGAUAAACUCUAGUUCUUGGAGGACUCUUGAUGUCAUUUUGGACUGCGAAUUGGAAUAUAAUGACUGUGGCAUGUAUUUGAAGGGAAAGACUUACUGGUUUGCUUCUGAUGAAAAUGAGGAACAGCUUGGAAUGUUCUUAGUCAGUUUUGAUUACACAACAGAAAGAUUUGAACGUCUGCUUCUUCCAUGUAAAUCUCUUUAUUACAAAACCUUGUCUCUAUCUGUUGUUAGAGAUAUUGAGGUAACUUGGAAAGCAAGACAGCGGACCAAGCCCGUGAAGCCCGUAAAGCCGAAGUCAAAGAAUAUUUUAGAUAUCCUAUUGUGAUAAGGAUUAAGAGAUUUAGAAUAUUUACUUAUUCAUGUUUAUCUAUUUCCUAUUCUAAUUAGGUUAAACAUAAGUUAGUCUCUCUAUAUAUUGUGUAUCAAUUCUAUUGAAAUCAAUAACACAGAAUAA